UUAAAAAAAACUUCUUAAAAAUUAUGUAAACAACAAUAAACAGUGAAAAAUUGUUUUGUUGGAAUAUAAUGAAGUGUUUUAUCAAACUUCUCAAACGCGAUUCUGUAUUCGACAUGAAGAAAAUAUAUCUGUUUUGUAUCUUUUUUUCUCUUGCUGGCUUUGCCAUAGGACGCAGCGACGAAAAAUGUUCCAGAGGCUGUCCAUUCAACUACGAGCUCGUCUGCGCCUCCAAUGGCCAGAGUUACGACAAUAUAUGUUUGAUGGAGCUCGCUGCUUGUGAAUCGAAAACAGAACUUCACGUGGUGAAACAUGGAAAAUGUGGUACGCCAUUCUUUUCUUUAAAAGGAAUGACCAUUUUAAAUAUUUCAACCAUAGAUGAAUUAAGAAAAGCCUCCUUAAGUUAUAUGGUGAAUCAUGAUUCGUAAUUGGUGACGGUUGAAAGAAAGGAAGAUUAUAUGUACAAAUAAUAUUUUUUUCAUAAAAUAUUUUCGAAAUAA